AUGUCGGACCCCGGUUCUAUCCAGAACACUCCCGCUCCCGCAGAGCAGCACGAGUCCGCAGAGCUUUUCGGCGCUAUCAAGAAGAAGAACAAGACAAAGCACAGCAAGAAGCUGGACGAGGACAACGACAAUGACAACGACAACAAUGACAACGACAACAAGAAUACUGCCGAUGCCGACGCUCAGCAGUCCAGCACAGCAGCUGCAGAGGAUGACGAGCUCAACUUUGGCGAGCUCAAGAAGAAGAAAAAGUCCAAGAAAAAGGUUGCUCUCGACCUCGACGCUUUCGAAAAGGAGAUUGGAGAGGCAGAUGAGCAGGGGGAUGAGCAGGGGGAUGACGUUGAGCACGCUACCAACGACGCAUAUGCUCAAGCCGAUGACGAGGAACUCGGCGACAAUCCCUUCGCCCAGGAUGUAACACAAGACCUCGAGGCUCCUCCCGAGCAUGACGGCAUCGAGGCAUGGCAAGGCACAGAUCGCGAUUACACAUAUCAAGAGCUCCUCGGUCGCGUUUUCAAGACUCUCCGCGAUCAGAACCCUGCUCUUUCGGGUGACAAGAAGAAAUUCACCAUGGUUCCACCUCAGGUGGCUCGAGAUGGCUCCAAGAAGACCGUCUUUGCCAACGUCGUCGAUAUUUGCAAGCGUAUGCACCGCCAACCAGAGCACGUGAUUCAGUUCCUUUUCGCCGAACUCGGCACUAUCGGUUCCGUCGACGGCUCACAGCGUUUAGUCAUCCGCGGUCGUUUCCAGCCCAAGCAGAUCGAGAAUGUUCUUAGGAGAUAUAUCACCGAAUACGUCAUCUGCAAGACCUGCAAGCGUCCCGAGACAAAGCUCUCCAAGGAGAACCGCAUCUUUUUCGUCACCUGCGAAAAGUGCGGUUCCCAGCGUUCCGUCAGCGCUAUCAAGUCCGGUUUCCAGGCGCAAACCGGAAAGCGCUCCAAAGCUAGAGCUGCUGCUGCAGGUGCCUAA